AUGCUGCCCGCUCUUGUGGCUGGGGUCCUGGCUCUGCUGGCUUACCUCUACAUCUCAUCAUGGAGAAGGAGACGUGACCUGCCCCCGGGGCCCACGCCGUGGCCCAUUAUUGGAAAUCUGCACCAGAUCAAUAAGGUGGCUCCAUACGACACCUUCACAGAGCUUGGAGAGAAGUACGGGGACAUUUACACCAUCUAUUUUGGGUGGAACCCAACGGUGGUUCUGUAUGGAUACGACAUGCUCAAAGAGGCCCUGCUGGGACAAGCGGACGAUUUCAGCGGAAGAGCCAUCCUUCCUGUGUUUGCACGGGUUGCUAGAAGAAAAGGAGUGGUUUUCUCCAAUGGACCUCACUGGUAUCAACAAGAAAGUUCUCCCUGACCACCCUGAGGAGCUUUGGGAUGGGAAAGAGGAGCAUUGAAGAACGAGUGACUGAGGAGGCCAAGUUUCUGGUGGACUUCUUCAGAUCAAAAAAUGGAAAACCUUUCAACCCGGGUCCUGAGCUCACCGCUGCUGUGUCCAAUGUUAUUUGCUCCAUUGUGUUUGGAGAUCGCUUUGACACAGAAGACAAGACUUUCCAGACCUUGCACAAUAUGAUCCUCGAAAAUCUGACCUUCUUGGGCAAACGGGGCUUCCAGCUCUACAACGCUUUCCCUGAAAUUCUGAAGUGGCUUCCAGGCGAACACAACAAGAUCUUCUUGAAUGGCACCAUGCUGCAGGAAUUCUUGGGCAACCUCAUCAAAAAUCACGUCAAAACUCGAGACCCCAACUGCCCGCGAGACUUUGUGGACUCUUUCCUAAACAAAAUAGACGAGGAGGCGGGUAACCCGGAAUCCCACUUUACCAUGGAGAGCCUGACUAUGACCACCUUCAACCUGUUCAUUGCCGGGACCGGAACCACGUCCUCCACCCUCCGAUGGCUGCUGAAGUUUAUGAUGGAAUAUCCCGAAAUUCAGAAGAAGGUCCAGGCUGAGAUUGACAACGUUAUCGGCACGGAGAAAUGUCCAUCCCUGGAGCACCGCGUCUCCUUGCCGUACACGGACGCCGUGAUUCACGAGGCGCAAAGAUACGCUAGUGUGGUGCCCAACGGUCUGCCGCAUGCCGCUCUGCGCGACAUCAAAAUUAGAGGCUACACUAUACCAAAGGACACGCAGAUCGUCACAUUCCUGCACUCAGCUCUGUACGAUAAGAAGUAUUGGGAUAAACCUGAAGAGUUCGAUCCCGAUCGUUUCCUGGAUGAGAACGGCAAGUUUGUGAAGAAUGAGGCCCACAUCCCAUUCGGGGCAGGGAAAAGGGCGUGCAUCGGGGAGGCUUUGGCCAAGACGGAGAUCUUCAUCUUUUUCAUCAGCUUCCUCCAGAAGUUCAACUUGAAAUUUCCUCCCGGAGAAAAGGGGCCCAUCAGACUGAUCGAGGGCGGGACCCGGGACCCCAGACCUUUCACCAUGUGCGCCGAGAGCCGGAAUGAAUAA